AUGAAGCAUCAGCAUAUAUACAGUGCAGACCCGAAGGUGUCCAUCCAGCACGCCUCCCUCGUAUGCCCUAAUUCCUCGGCGGCUGCUUCUUCUUCGUCUUCCUCCUCCUCCUCCUCCUCCUCCUUCUCCUGCAGUUUGGCCCUCAAUAGCAUAGACAGGUCGCACUACACCAUCAGCCUCCAGACCCUUCACUUCUUCGCGCCCAGCCCUUCAUUCCCCCCGCCCGCCAUCUCCGCCAGCCUCAGGGCCGCCCUGCAACGCCUCCUCGACACCCCGCACUACCACUUCCUCGCCGGCAGGCUCACCAUAAACUACGACUCCCAGACCAUGGAGGUCGACUGCAACGGCGCCGGCCUUGGCUUCGUCGUCGCCUCUUCCGACCUUUCUCUCCGCCAAUUCAUCUCCGGCGAUGACUUGGUUUCCUCCAAUCCGGCAUUCUCCCACCUCCUUUUAAACGGCAUCGAAUGCUUCGAGGAUGAUGACCCGCUUUGUGUUCUCCAGGUGACAUCAUUUAGCUGCGGCAGCGUGGUGAUGGGGCUGGCCGUCAACCACGCCUUGUUCGAUGGUGCGGGGUUGAAGAUGUUUUUGGAAAACCUCGCUUCCCAGGCUCCGUCAGUCGGGGACGAUGGAAAACCGCCGCCACCCCUUCCCAUCAUACCGCACAACGACCGCACCCUCCUCAGCGCCAGGUCCCCACCGCAGGUUUCCUUCUCCCACCCCGAGCGGAAGCCCCUAACCGGCCGGGAACAACACCCCGUCCGCUCCGUCUUUGAUUUCCGACCAGAGUACGUGGACGCCCGGACCUUCACCCUAAGCGCCAACGACAUCCGAUCCUUGAAGGAGAGGGCCAGGGGCAGCACCAACCCCACCAAGUUCAACGUGGUGGCGGCCCACGUCUGGCGCUGCAAGGCGCUGUCCAAGGGCGCCGUCGUCGACAACAACAGCGAGCGAGAGUCGAUGGUCCUGUACGCCGUGGACGUUCGGUCCCGGACGGAUCCGCCGCUGCCAGAGAACUACAGCGGGAACGCGGUGCUACACGGGUACGCGUCGGCGCAAUGCAGGGAGCUGGAGGAGGAGGGGGCAUUCGCGGGGAUCGUGGACAGGGUGUACGGCGGGCAGGUGAGGAUGAGGGGCGAGUACGUGAGGUCGCUGAUAGAUUGGUCGGAGGUGGAGAAGGACGGGUACCCGGAGGCAGAGACGCUGAUCUCGUCGUGGUGGCGGUUGGGGUUCGAGAAGGUGGAGUACCCCUGGGGGAGGCCCCGGUACAGCGGGCCACUGCGGGGGGCCUGGGUGGAGGUCAUACUCCUCACGCCGGAGAUCGACGGCGGGGAUGGCGUCAACGUGCUCAUUGCCUUGACGCCUGAGGAGAUGGGCAAGUUCCACUCUCUCUUCUACCACUACUUGUCAUCCUCGACCUCGCAAUCAUCAAUCACAUUAUAAUU